AUGACUCAAACGCGCCGGGAUGCAGCAGUCGGAGACGACGAGGAUGAAGAUGAUGUGCCCCUCCACCAAAGGCGGCCCUUUGGCAGCGGCAUCCGCAUGGAACCCGUCAAAUUUGUUCCCGCAUCGUCGGCUCUGCAGUCUGUCGCAUCGGAGCCAUCUUUAGCAUCGGCCCAGGCCGGUCAGUCCGCCGCAGAUGCAUACCUCAGCAUCGUCAUGGGGAAAGCCAAGACACAGCCCGCGUCCGAGACCAAAGACGGGGAUGCAACCGAUGGUCCGCCGAAAAUAUUCUGCGAGACGUGCAAGGUUUCGGUAGGCACCACAGAGCAAGACCAUCGCCAGCACCAGACGACGAUGGCGCACCAGCUCAGCCUCCAGCACUCACAUCCACCCUCCGCCCUGGAUAGAUCUCGCAUGGGCCUGACCUACCUCAGAUCGUACGGAUGGGACCCGGAUUCACGUAAAGGCCUAGGCGCCGAUGCUCAGGGCAUUGUUUAUCCGCUCAAGGGGACUGUCCGAGAAGAUAACGCAGGCCUGGGGAUUGAUGUCAAGUCUGAAGAUGGUAAGAAGGAGAAGAAAUCUGAACCUAAGCCGAAGCUGCUUGAUGCUGGAAAGGUUCGCAAAAAAGCGGAGGAGGACCGGAAGAAGACUGAGCGCCUGCGCCAGCAACUUUAUAGCAACGUCGAUUUGGACAAGUACCUCGGCACUGGAGCAUAA